CUCCUCAGUACACUCAGUGCAGACCUCUUGAGUAAUAUUGGACCAGUCAUUUCGGAUUCUUACCCGACCUUUAGUGAGAUCCUGAAAGAUAGUCUGGUGACGGCCCAUUGUAAACGGUGCCGCAAAGUUUUACUGAGUGAUGUGAGGUUUAGGAGAGUCUUGCCUUUAUCUUCAGUGGAUUGGGACCAAGUCUCAGAGGGGUGGUUUUGUCACCUCCAUGGCAGUGAGGGCGAGAAACUCAAACCUUCGUCACUACAACCUGCAAGUGCCGAUUGUUUCUAUUCCGAACUUCAUUUCCUAAUUCAUAAAGAUACGUUAGUGGAUGGUGUCUCUUCAAAUGACAAUAAAUGUGAACUGACAUGUUGCGGCUGUCAAACAUCUUUAGGUGUUCGGCGUAAGGAGUGUGUGUUGAAGUUGUGGGCGCAUAGUUUAAUGUGGGUGAGAAGGGAAGACAAGCAGAUUCUUUUCGGCAAGGACGUUAGCGGAAUCCUUUUGUCAUUGAUUCAUAACAUUGAUAAAGACAAUUUUGGAGUAAACUGUCGCCUUGUGUUAAAGGUGUCACAGGAAGAGGAAGCGGCGGCAGAGCCAGAAUUCCUAUACUUCGUGACAAUGAACACCAAUCAAAAGCUACUACCCGAAGGAUCAUCUCAAGAAUAUCCGACAAGAAAUAUAGUCUAUCAGGAAACUUUGAUAAGAUGGAGGCAGACAGUUCCGCUUCCGAUAAGCGAGCUCGGGUACACCAAGAUGAUAUUUCAGAAGUCAUCCUUAAGAGAGUAUAUACCAUCAAGCUCUUUUACCUCUUGAAGAGAGGGGAGGACGACCUCACCGGAAGCUGGGUCGACGACGUGAAUGUCCACAUCCCCUGCAGCAGGUCAUUUGUCCUAGACGUGAAGGAUGUGCUCGAGGCUUCAGCUGCGUGUCUGCCGCAGACCAUGAGGAAGGUGGAAAACAUGAGUGUGGGG